CACGAACACGAUCAACACUUCUUUGCCCUGAUCUCGUUGUUGGGAGCAGCUGAGAUCGCGUAGCUGCAGAAAUGGCGGCCGACCCUUCGUCGUCUUCGACGGGCCAGCACGCGGAUGACUUCCACGCGGCCCCGCCCGAGGACGCGAGGCAGACGGCGAUGAGCGGGCCGCUCAGCGUCCGUGGCGAGCGGAGGCCACCGCCGAUGCAGCGCGCCUUCAGCCGGCAGGUCUCUCUCGGCAGCGGCGUGACGGUGCUGGGCAUGGACAGAGGGGGCAGGAACGGUGGAGGUAGGGGCCAGCGCGCCCUCCCGCGCAGCGGCAGGAGCCUCGGGGUGCUCAACCACAGCGGCGCCCUUGGCGCGGCCGGCGGCGACGGCGCGGCGCGCCGGGGCGACUUCAGCAUGUUCCGCACCAAGUCGACGCUGAGCAAGCAGAACUCGCUGCUGCCGACUAGGAUCAGGGAGUCCGACCUCGAACUGCCGACUCACGUCGAGGACCAGUCCGUCGGCAGGCCGGCGGAGGACCCGCUCAACAAGAGCGUCCCCGCCGGCCGCUACUUCGCCGCGCUCCGCGGCCCCGAGCUCGACGAAGUCCGCGAUUACGAGGACAUCCUGCUGCCCAAGGAUGAGGUGUGGCCGUUCCUGCUGCGGUUUCCGAUCGGCUGCUUCGGUUUGUGCCUGGGCCUCGGCAGCCAGGCCAUCCUCUGGGGCUCGCUGGCGGCGAGCCCGGCGAUGCGCUUCCUGCACGUGACGCCCAUGAUCAACGUCGCGCUCUGGCUGCUCGCCGUCGCCGUGCUCGUCGCGACGUCCGUCACCUACGCGCUCAAGUGCGUCUUCUACUUCGAGGCCAUCCGGCGCGAGUACUUCCAUCCGGUCCGCGUCAACUUCUUCUUCGCACCGUGGAUCGCGGCCAUGUUCGUCACCAUCGGCCUGCCCCGCGCCUACGCACCGGAGCGGCCGCACCCAGCCGUGUGGUGCGCCUUCGUCCUGCCGCUCUUCGCGCUCGAGCUCAAGAUCUACGGGCAAUGGCUCUCCGGCGGCAAGCGGCGGCUGUGCAAGGUGGCCAACCCGUCCUCCCACCUCUCGGUGGUGGGCAACUUCGUCGGGGCCAUCCUGGCGGCGAGGGUCGGGUGGGCGGAGGCCGGCAAGUUCCUCUGGGCCAUCGGGGUCGCGCACUACAUCGUCGUGUUCGUGACGCUGUACCAGCGGCUGCCCACCAACGAGACGCUGCCCAAGGAGCUGCACCCGGUGUACUCCAUGUUCAUCGCCACGCCGUCGGCCGCGAGCCUCGCCUGGGCCGCGAUCUACGGCAGCUUCGACGCCGUGGCGCGCACCUUCUUCUUCAUGGCCAUCUUCCUGUACCUGUCCCUCGUCGUGCGCAUCAACUUCUUCCGCGGGUUCCGGUUCUCCCUGGCGUGGUGGUCGUACACGUUUCCCAUGACGACGGCGUCGCUGGCCACUGUCAAGUACGCCGAGGCCGAGCCGUGCUUCGCGAGCAGGGCCCUCGCGCUGAGCCUCUCCCUCAUGUCGACGACGAUGGUGUCGCUGCUGCUCGUGUCGACGCUCCUGCACGCGUUCAUCUGGCGAUCGCUCUUCCCCAAUGACCUGGCCAUCGCGAUCACCAAGGACCGGCAGAACGGGGCCGUGAAGCCGAGCGGCAAAGGGAAGAGGACCAGCAAGAGGGUGCACGACAUCAAGCGAUGGGCCAAGCAGGCGCCGCUCUCCCUCGUGUCCUCCAUCACCAAGAGCAACUCGGCGGACAAGGAGGAAGAGGAGAAAACAGAAUAGGAGCAGUUAUUAUUAAAAAGACGCUCGUUACCAGGAGCUGGGAUCAUUAAGCCAUAAGGGAUGGUUUUUUCGCAAGUAUAGAAGUAAUGAUAUGUAAUAAUAGUAGUGAUGACAUAGCGAGGAUCUGUCUCUAGGAUUGCUAGAAAUACAAGCCACCAUAUAUACUAUUAUUUAGUA